CACGAUUCGCGUUGGUCCCAAGUGGGAUGGUCAUGCGAUUGGACUGUACAGUGUGAGUCUGAUGAUGUGUCGUCUACGCGAGUAUACGUGAGUGAGACUUGCAAACUCCAUGAGCUUUUCUAUAGGAUCAAGGUUGAAUGGUCACCUCCUAUGCGGGGACGCUCUCUUCUGCCCACCACGCUCACCUCAUAGCUGCUGCUGAAAAUCGUCGUGCCGACCCGUCCAUCUGAAACGCAAACCUUACAAGCUCUCCAUCUCAAAAUGAGCGGCUCACGCAAUGUGCUUCUAGCGGUGCUGCGCAACGACCUGCGUCUCCACGACCACCCCAUCUUCUCGCUCUGCUCAGACCCUUCGCCAGCCAAAGCGCCUUUCAAGAAGGACAUUACACAUGUGCUGCCAAUUUACGUCUUUGAUCAGGGAAGGAUCGAAGUGGGAGGGCUACCUGGGUUGAAGAAAGCGGGCAAGGGCGAAGAGGCUAGAACCAGAACGGGCCAGUUCUGGAGGUGUGGCGAGCAUCGAACGAGGUACCUUACAAACUCCGUCUUCGAUGUGCGUGACUCGCUUCGGUCGAGAAACUCGGACCUGUCGAUCUGGGCUGGUCUGCCCGAAGUGGUUGUGCCGCGUGUAGUGGAGGCACUGCAGAAGCGUGGCGACUCGGUAGAAGGAGUGUGGAUGUCUAAAGAGAUCAAUACUGAAGAGGUGACGACGGAGAAACGAUUGGGCCAAGCAUUGUCAAAGCUGGGUGUGCGACUGGUGCAGCCAUGGGAUAGGACUUUGGUCAACGUGGAAGAUCUAGGCUUUCCCGUUUCGGAAUUGCCGGAUGUCUUCACCUCUUUCCGCAAGCGAGUGGAAGCGCCCGACAUGUUCAGAGAGCCCUUGCCCGCUCCUUCAAAGCUCAAGCCCUACGCUGACGUGGAGUUGGAGGAUGCAGCAGGGUCGUACAGCUUAUCAGCCAAAGAUGAUCUCAAAGAUCCCGAGCAUGUCAUCAACACACUUCUCAAACCGUUGCGAGACAACCCCGGGCCUCUAAAGGCACCCACGUCCAAAGACCGACCUCAAGCUCCUGCAUUUGCCCAGAAUGGCGGAGAGACGGAAGCUUUGACACGCGCUGCGUACUAUCUAGGCAGAGGCAAACCAGGCGAGCAAUACAAGCAGACCCGAAAUGGAAUGUUGGGCCCUGACUACUCCACCAAGUUCUCUGCUGCUCUAGCGCACGGAACGAUUUCACCUCGAUUCUUGGCUGACGAAGCGACCAAGAUGGACAAGCAAACAGGCGCGAGCAGGGGUGGGGGUGGGUAUUGGAUCGUCUUUGAGCUCUUGUGGCGAGACUACUUUCACUUCGUAGGAGCCAAAUACGGCAGCAAGCUCUUCACCCUCCUCGGCAUCGAGGAAGUGUUGAAUCCCAAAAACGCUGGCCAAACUGCUCAGCAAUGGCUGUACCCUGACAGCAUGGACAAUGCGAAGGAUGGCUUCGUGCGUUGGACGCAGGGAAAGACUGGCGUGCCGCUUGUCGACGCAAAUAUGCUCGAGCUAGCUCAGACUGGGUUCAUGUCCAAUCGUGGAAGGCAGAACGUCGCCAGCUUCUUGACGAAGGACCUCUACUAUGAUUGGAGACUAGGCGCAGAGUGGUUCGAGUCUGUGCUGGCCGACUACGAUCCCAACUCCAACUGGGGCAACUGGCAAUAUGUUGCUGGUGUUGGUAACGAUCCUCGAGCUGGUCGGAAAUUCAAUGUGAUUAAACAAUCGAAGGAUUACGAUGCGAAUGGAGACUACGUCAAGACUUGGCUUCCGGUACUCGCUUCUUUACCUCCUGAACGCGUGCACCAUCCUUGGACUGGGGGCGAGCCACCCGGAGAUUAUCCUCACCCAGUCGUGCAGGAUGGAAGCUGGAAACCCCACCUGCAGGGAUCUGGUGGUGGAGCACGGGGUGCGAGGGGUGGUAGAGGCCGCGGGCGUGGAAGGGGAGGGUUCAGAGGUAGAGGGGGCGGCGAUGGAGGUGGCCGAGGCAGGGGACAGUGAAAGAGCAGACCAGAGAGAAAAGAGACCGCCGCAUCCCCUACGUUGGUAGCUCACUACAUGCAAGCAAACAGUCACAUUCACUGUCGAAGGCAAGCGCCGACUUGCUCGAACGUGAAAUAGAAAAGCUUGCAUUGAGUACAGACCAGCUGCCAGUGAGGCCAAAUGCGAAGGGAUGGCUAGGAAUGGGGAGCAUCGAGUCUAGAGCAGGGCCGCGCCUGAUCU